GGGUCAUUCUAAAGAUUAUAUACUAUAUAUAUAGCAAGAGUAAAACUAAAAAUAACAGGGCUACUGUGACGUGAUGUCAGGUGGUUGAAAAAUUGAAAAAAAUGAAUUAUAAAAAUUCCAGUGGACCACGGGACUGGCUUGUUUAGUGGGUGUACGGAGUACCGCGUUCCACACCCUCUCACUCUCUCUGUUGAUUCAACGUCCGAGCGACGAGUCCAGACCGGGGAAGCCAAGUCGAGAAAUCAUGUUUCCGGUCUCUUACUCCUCCGAUAAGCCAGCGAACGGAUCGCCCGUGAGUUGUACUGCAGCUCCGUGAACAGGGUUCAGGAACUGCCGUCCUUCCUUUUAUAUUUUAUCUUUCUACUUAUUCUUUUUUUUAUCUUUCUUCUUUCUUCUCCCACCCCUCCGAUUUAUUUUUUUUGUUCCUUUCUCUCUCUCUGUCUCCUUUGGCCACUCAACCUCGUUCAUAUCCUCCGUUUCCUUUUUCAUCGGCACUUCUCUCUUCCCUGAUCCUUGUCGGAUCACUCGGUGCAGAAUGGUCCUGAUCGACAAGCAUGUAUACACCUCACGGGAGGAGGAGCGAUUGAAGGAAGAUAAAGAGCGGACGCGGUACUGGAAGAGAUGGGGACCGUACGUGGCCGAAAGGCAAUGGGCCACCGUGCGAGAGGAUUAUUCGGAAAAUGGUGAUGCGUGGAGCUACUUCUCCCAUGAGCACGCUCGGUCGCGAACAUAUCGCUGGGGCGAAGAUGGAAUCGCCGGUGUCUCUGAUACCCAUAACCUGCAGAACAUUGCCUUUGCUUUCUGGAACGAAAAGGACGAUUUUCUAAAGGAACGUUUGUUCGGCUUGUCAAACCCCCAAGGGAACCAUGGAGAGAGUAUCAAAGAAGCUCAUUUCCAUCUUGAUAAUACUCCGACGCAUUCAUACAUGAAAUACCUCUACAAGUAUCCUCAAAAGAAGUUUCCUUACCAAGAUCUCAGGGACGAGAAUGCCCGUCGAUCGAGAUUGGAGCGCGAGUAUCAAAUCCUCGACACCGGCGCCUUUGACGACAACCGCUACUGGGAUAUAUUCAUUGAGACGGCCAAGGAGGAUGACGACGAAGAGGAGCUCAGCUUUCGCGUCAUUGCCUACAACCGAGGCCCCGAGCCAGCUCCCUUGCACAUUGUUCCCCAUGUGUGGUUCAGAAACACCUGGUCCUGGGGCUAUGAGGACCAGUCUCAGAAGCCUUCUAUCAAGAAGCUUGACUCUCUCACAGCCAAGUCCUCCCACAAAAAGCUAGGGGAAAGAUAUGUGCGGUUCGCCCCAUCUCCAUCGACAGAAAGCGACCAAGAGGAUAUCUUGCCGAAGAUGCUCUUCACAGAAAACGAGACAAAUAACGAGCUCCUCUGGGGGUCUAAAAAUGAUCAACCGUAUGUGAAGGAUGCAUUCCAUCGCCACAUUGUCAAUGAUGAAAAGGACGCCAUCAAUCCUGCAAAUGAAGGUACCAAGUUCGCUGCUUGGUAUGCCUUCGAUCAGGGUGAUGGAAUCCCUCCAGGCGAGUGUGCUGUUGUCCGUUUCAGCCUGUCCCGGAAGCCGGGCCAGCUUGACGAAAUUGAAUUGGAUGACACUAUGGAGCAGCGUAAAGCUGAGGCCGACGACUUCUACUGGCAUAUCAGCCCGCUGCCCAUGAGUGACGACCUACGAAACAUCCAAAGACAGGCAUUUGCUGGCAUGAUGUGGACGAAGCAGUUCUAUCACUUUGUCUGGGAUCAAUGGGCAAAUGGAGAUCCCGCAAUGAUCCCGCCUCCCCCGGGCAGGAAGCACGUUCGGAACCAGCAGUGGAAACAUUUGUACAUGGACGACAUUCUCUCGAUGCCCGACUCCUGGGAGUAUCCAUUUUUCGCGGCAUGGGACACUGCCUUUCACUGUAUCCCUCUAGCAAUGAUCGACCCUGAGUUCGCCAAGAAGCAGUUAGAUCUCCUUACUCGAGAAUGGUACAUGCAUCCCAACGGACAACUGGCCGCGUACGAAUGGAACUUCGGCGAUGUGAAUCCUCCUGUUCAUGCAUGGGCCACAUUCCGAGUCUUCAAGAUCGAACGAAAGAUGUACGGGAGGCAGGAUCUUGACUUCCUAGAACGGGUGUUUCAAAAGCUACUCCUCAACUUUACGUGGUGGGUUAACCGUAAAGACUCAGAGGGAAAGAAUGUCUUUGAAGGAGGAUUCCUCGGGCUGGAUAAUAUCGGGCUGUUCAACCGCUCCGAGCCUCUUCCCACUGGAGGCGUCUUAGAGCAGGCAGACAGCACUGGUUGGAUGGCAUUCUAUUGCUUAUGCAUGCUCAACAUGGCCUUAGAAUUGGCCAAGCACCGACGAAUCUACGAAGAUAUUGCGUCCAAAUUCUUUGAGCAUUUCAUUCUUAUCAGUGAUGCCAUGACAUUCAGAUCUGGAGGCCAGGAGACUUCUCUGUGGAAUGAAGAAGAUGGGUUCUAUUAUGAUGCUAUAUCUUACGGCGAACCAUGGACCCAACAACUCCCCGUGAGGUCCCUCGUUGGUCUGAUCCCGCUAUAUGGUGUUCUCACGCUUGAGCCCGAAUUGAUCAACCAGUUCCCUUCUUUCAAGCGCCGACUGGAGUGGUUCAUUGAGAACAGGCAGGAUGUCGCCGAGCGCAACAUUGCCAGCAUGAAACGUCGUGGAAAAGACGACCGUCUCCUUCUGGCCCUGGUCAGCAAAGAACGCCUAGAAAAGAUCUUGAAAAGAAUGCUUGACGAAACCGAGUUUUUGUCCGAACAUGGUAUCCGCUCCAUGUCCAAAUACCAUGGCGAGCAUCCGUAUUCGAUGACAGUCAACGGCCAGGAGUUCCGUGUUAACUAUGUCCCUGGUGACUCAGACAGUGCUCUCUUUGGAGGAAACAGCAACUGGCGCGGACCAGUCUGGCUGUGCGUCAAUUUCCUGCUGGUCGAGUCGCUGCUGCGCUUUUACAUGUUCUACGGCGAUAAAUUCCAAGUUGAAUGCCCCACAGGAUCUGGAGAGUAUAUGCAUCUCGGGCAAAUUGCCGAGGAAAUCCAGCAUCGGUUGCAGCACUUGUUCGCUCGUAAUGAUGAAGGACGCCGAGCGGUGCAUGAUAAUUCCGACCUACUCGACUUUGACGAGCACUGGAAAGACUACAUGUGGUUCCAUGAGUUCUUCGACGGUGACACUGGCCGGGGCCUUGGAGCAUCUCACCAAUGCGGUUGGACUGGCUUGAUCGCCAAGAUCAUCCAUGACACUGGAAUAAACUGCCGUAUUCCACAAACGCCUCGUACCCCAUUCGCCGCUGCAUCACAUUACUUUGAUGACAUCUUCAGCCGAUCCCGAUCACGCGGUGGUAGUCGACGACCCAGCGGUAUUCGUCGCUCGUCCACCAGUCGGUCCAUUGGGAACAGAAGCGACUUCGAAUCAGCCUUUGGUGACACUACGGCGACAGGAAGCGUAGUUGACGACGAUGAAAAAUACCAGGACAUGAACGACCAUGUUUCGCAUUAUGUACAGAAUGAAUUACAGCGGGUGAGAAGUCAUGUAUCGAUGGGCGCAUACGAAGAUGAGUUCGGGACGCAAGCCGACCAGAAACCGAACGGCCAUUGAGUGCCGGGUAUAUGGACGGAUUGUGCGAGGAUAUCAUAUAGGGAGAAUGUUGACCGGAUAGGAGUAGCUCUCUCUCUCUCUCUCUAUAUACAUGUGGAUUGGGUGUCAUUGAGCCAUGGAACUAUACUAUAUAUGCAUAUAGAACCCUGGGAUUUAUAGGUUGGAUUGUGUUGGAGCAAUUGAGCUCAUAACCAUUUCUUUCUAUAUAUAUUCCCAACCUCCUUCCUUACUUCCUCCAAAUUCUACACCUUCUUUCCUGGCUGUAUUUCCUCUUGUCUUGCGGAAGGGUACGGAGUAGGUGAAAAGCGUGAUGGUUUUUAUUCACUUAAAUGCGUAGCACUCUGUCAAGAGUAAUGGGGGAAUGUCACUUGCACAUUGGUAUAAAUUGGCUAGGACGGUGAUGGGUAAGAAAACUCGUAGCUGUCUUCAUUUACCUACCGAUAUCGGGGUAUUAACCUACUGGGUUA